CAAAUGGCCGAGCCUGCUCUCUCUCUCUCGUCACACACACACACGGUAAAUAAAUGUUGUGACAUCACUGACAUGGAGCCAGACGGGUUCAGUGAUAGAAGGGUCUGUCAUCCAGUGAAACAAUUAAAUGAAGGGAAAGUUGUGUUUUCAUGGACCAAUAUGGUAAUAAUAUUGUUUUUGGAACCCAGGUUUGUGAAAGUAGAAAAACAUCUGUUAAUGUGAAACUUAUAUCAGAUUCAUGCACUUUGAGCCGGUUAUAUUUUUUCUACCGAAAUUGCCCCAGAAAAUAAAAAAUAAAAAUAAAUAAAAUACAAAAUAAAUCUAUUAGAAGGCGUCUGUCUAUUCUCUGCACCCUCACCGCCAAAGAGUAGAUGAGUUGGCGAGUGUGUUCGCUCCGGAGUCUUUACGCGCCGGAGAUGCCUCUUCUCCGAUCACCUCCGUUCUUCUUUGUUCGAAGCCGCCGACUGUUCGGUACCACGUGCUCCGUUUCGGGCACUAAGAAGAAGAAUAAGGAGAAGGUGAUAGUGAUAUCCGGUCCCACCGGCGCCGAAAAGAGUAGGCUUGCAUUGGAGCUGGCGAAGCGCCUCAAUGGAGAAAUUAUCAGUGCGGACUCGGUCCAGUGGCAGUUGGGUUAUGCUGAAUAUGAGGACUUUAUGUACAAGAAUGGCCAACAUGUAAGGGAAAGGAAGAGUACCUGGUGAUGCUGCUGCUGGAGCAUAUGGGACGCAGUAACAACAAUGUAAUAGGGCUAUUCAUUUUUCCUUCAAUAUUGUAAAGGAAGGGAGUAGGAACAUGGACAACACUCAGUAUUUGUUCUUUUAUUAUAGUUAAGGGUGCUGGUCAGUGUUGUAUUGGCGAUUGAUUGGACAACAACUAUGAUUGUAAGAUGUGAUCCAAAGUGAUAGGUUUAUUAUGGGGUAUGGUACUAAUUUCAUAAGAGAACAACAAACAUAGACUGGAACCUAUUUGUUUGUACACUAAUGCAGUUUCAGUUUAUCCUUCUAUACUCACAUUAGUAAAUUGUUUGACGGCUUUCCUUUCAUAUUUA